AUGUAUUCAGCAGCACGUUCAGACACAUUGUUCCUUGGGGGAGAAAAGGUCAGUGGAGACGAUAUCAGGAAUCAAAAUGUGUUGGCCGCCCAAUCCGUUGCCAACGUGGUCAAGUCCUCCUUAGGCCCUGUUGGUUUGGACAAAAUGUUGGUGGAUGAUAUUGGAGAUGUCACAGUCACCAAUGACGGUGCCACCAUCUUGUCCCUCUUGGACGUCCAGCACCCAGCAGGAAAGAUUUUGGUCGAAUUGGCACAACAACAAGACCGUGAAGUCGGAGAUGGUACCACCUCGGUAGUGAUCAUUGCAGCAGAGUUAUUGAAGAGAGCCAACGAGUUGGUCAGAAACAAAAUACAUCCUACCACCAUCAUCACUGGUUACCGUUUAGCCUUGAGAGAAGCCAUCCGUUACGUUAAUGAAGUCUUGUCACAAUCCGUAGACAGCCUCGGCAAGGAAACUAUGAUCAACAUUGCAAAGACUUCCAUGUCUUCCAAAAUUAUCGGAUCCGAUUCAGAGUUUUUCAGUAAAAUGGUUGUUGAUGCCAUGUUGGCGGUCAAGACCACCAACGGAAAGGGUGAAGUCAAAUACCCAGUCAAGGCUGUCAAUGUUCUUAAGGCCCACGGUAAGUCCUCCACUGAGUCCAUGUUGGUUGACGGUUAUGCCUUAAACUGCACUGUUGCAUCUCAAGCUAUGGUCAAAUCUAUCAAAAACGCCAAAAUUGCAUGUCUUGAUAUCAAUUUACAAAAGGCUAGAAUGGCCAUGGGUGUUCAAAUAAAUAUUGACGAUCCAGAUCAAUUGGAAGAAAUUAGAAAAAGAGAAUAUGGUAUCAUUAUCGAAAGAAUCCGUAAGAUUUUGAACGCCGGUGCAAAUGUUAUUUUAACAACCAAGGGUAUCGAUGACUUGUGUUUGAAAGAAUUCGUUGAGGCUGGUGCCAUUGCCGUCAGACGUUGUAAGAAGGAAGAUUUAAGAAGAAUAGCAAGAGCUACUGGUGCCACUUUGGUUGGUAACUUGUCCAACUUGGAGGGAGAAGAGACAUUUGAGGCCUCCUACCUCGGUAGUGCCGAAGAAGUGGUCCAAACAAGAAUCAGUGACGACGAAUGUAUUUUGGUCAAGGGCACCAAGCAACACUCAUCUUCAUCCAUUAUAUUGAGAGGUCCAAACGAUUACUCCUUGGAUGAAAUGGAAAGAUCAUUACACGACUCUUUGUCGGUAGUCAAGAGAACCUUGGAAAGUGGAAAUGUUGUUCCAGGUGGAGGGGCAGUGGAAACUGCAUUAAACAUAUAUUUGGAAAACUUCGCAACAACUGUUGGAUCCAGAGAACAAUUGGCUAUUGCUGAAUUUGCCAAUGCUUUAUUAGUCAUUCCAAAGACUUUAGCGCUGAACGCAGCUAAAGACUCCUCUGACUUGGUCUCCAAACUAAGAACAUAUCAUGCUGCUUCUCAAUCAGCAUUGCCAAGUGACACCAAGAGAAAGAAGUACAAAUACUACGGGUUAGAUUUAAUUGAAGGUAAGAUUGUUAACGAAAGUAUUCAUGGUGUUUUGGAACCAACCAUAUCGAAGGUUAAGUCCUUGAAGUCAGCGUUGGAGGCUUGUAUUGCUAUCUUGAGAAUUGAUACCAUGAUCACUGUGGCUUCAGAGCCACCAAAGGAAGAUCCUCAUCAACAUUAG